UAGGUAUAAAGCCAAGACAUCACGAGCUGUUUGCCAUACCGUUGCUGACAGAAUCGCCGCGAUGAAGAUUGCUUGUUCUCUAAUCAUAUUGGUUGUGGGUGUGGCCGCCGUCCAUGGCGCAAAACCGAGAAAAAGUCCUGAAGACAGAAGGGAAAAGGGAGACGACAAAUUACAACAUUUACGUGCAUCGUUGGAAAAGCUCAUGACUGAAAAACGGAACGUUGCCCCCCUACUGAAAUCAGGGAAUGACAAACGUGACCUAGGAUUUGGGAGUCAUGGGGGAUGUCACGUGGAGGACUUUAUUCGCCUGUUCACCAGCCUGCCAAAUAUCAGAGACGCACUGUUUGACCUUGGCAACCCCGAAGAUGUCAUAGCUAUAGUCGAGGAGAUGGCGAUUGUCUUCGGGAGGCUUCAAAAUGUUAUGAACACCGGUGGACCUAGGCCUUCUUCUUUCCCUCCUCUGCGAUAGUCACACACACCCAGAGCAAUACGAAUCAACCGUUAUUCCAAAUGCAACCUGUAAUCGGACUGACGUCUCUCGUUGGGAAUCUACUGUAACCCCAAGACUUCCUUGCUGAAAAUUACAGACCGCAAAAAUAUAACCACGAAAAAUUUAAAAUAUAGCAAUUCCAAUAAAAAGAAUAUUGGUUUUAGAUGUUAUGUAAUAUGCAUCUAAUUUCUGUUUUCGUGCAAUUUAAAUAAUCUGCUCAACUCUUUCGUUUCUUUUCAAACGUUAUUUUCCUGUAAUAUCAUAAACUCAUAAUAAACAAUUCUUUAAUGCU